AUGGCUAGACCAAGAAGAUAUGCUGCAAACCCUCCUCUUGCUGACGUGAACCAAAUGGCUCACGCCAUGCAGGCCAUGGCAGCCACUGUGAGACACAGUCUAGAUAUGAUUCAGCAGCAGCAAGCUGCAAACCAAGCCGCUGCUGCAGCACAGGCAGCAGCAGCUACUGCCUCAGCUGCACCUCCUCCUGAAUACCAAGGGUUGUCAGAGUUCAGGAAGAACAAUCCUCUUCAAUUCACAGGGGUGGAUGGACCAGAUGCUGCUGAACUCUGGAUCAGGGGGAUUGAGAAGAUCUUCCUAACCAUGGGUUGCGCCGAGGAGAGGAAGGUGUUAUAUGCUACAAGUAGUUUUCUGGGAAAGUUUUUCCCUGCUCAUGUUCGUGUUGCCAAGGAGCGGGAGUUUCUAAACUUGGUGCAGGGAAACUCAUCAGUCUAUGAGUAUGCAAUACAGUUUGAACGGCUCUACGGAUUUUAUUCUCACCCGACCUCGGUAGAAUGGAGAUGUCAGAGGUUUUCAGACGGGCUAAGAACUGACAUAAAGAGGAUUUUGAUCCCACUCAAGAUCACAGAAUUUGCUGACUUGGUGGAUCAAGCCACCAUGAUAGAAAGUCUUAAUGCAGAGGAUGUUGGUGGAGUUGGGAAGGCUCCAUCUAGUAGAGCCGCUAGUAGCUAUGGUAAUGGAAGUAAGGGUGCUAAGAAGGGCCCCUACAGUCGGUGUGGUGGGCCACACUAUCUGAGCCAGUGCCCACAGGCUGAUGUCAGAGUUUGCUUCUCGUGCCAACAGCCAGGGCACUUUGCUAGAGACUGUCCUAUGCCUAUUAGGGCAGUUUCGUCUUUUGCUAGCGCAUUACACGCUGUGAGGCCUAAAGCGGCUAGAGCUCCGACGACAACCAGAUCAAGAGUAAAGGGACGUGUAUUCACUACUUCUGCAUCAGAGGCAGCCCAGGCGACGGAUCUCAUUCAAGGGAUAGCGGUAGUGGCAGAGGAUAUUCCUGGAAUACCUCCACGUAGAGAGGUGGAGUUUGCCAUAGAUUUGAUUCCUAGAGCUGAGCCAGUGUCUGUAGCACCUUACAGAAUGGCGCCGAAAGAGUUGAUGGAGCUUAAGGAGCAGAUUGAGGAUCUAAUGCGGAAACAGAUAAUUAGGCCAAGUGUAUCGCCUUGGGGAGUACCAGUUCUCUUGAUCCGAGUGAAGGAUGAAGAUAUUACUAAGACUGCUCCAACUGUGUUUAUGGAUUACAUGAAUCGGAUCUUUACACCUUUCCUAGAUCGAUUUGUGGUAGUCUUUAUUGAUGAUAUUUUGAUUUAUUCCAGUUCGUCAGAGGAACAUGCAGAGCAUUUGAGGAUUGUACUUAGUGUUUUAAGGGAGAAACAGUUGUAUGCUAAAUUGUCUAAGUCUAAGGGAAUUGCAGUUGAUCCUUUCAAAGUUGAAGCGGUGUUGCAGUGGGAACGGCAGGAGAUUGCCACAGAGAUUCGUAGUUUUGUGGGCCUAGCAGGUUACUACCGGAGAUUUAUAGAGGGAUUUACGAAGAUAGCUGCACCAUUGACCCGGUUAACUCGCCGUGAUCAACCUUUUGUAUGGAUUGAGGAAUGUGAGCAAAGCUUUAAUGAGUUGAAGCAGAGACUAACUUCCUCGCCGGUGUUGAUUCUCCCUGAUACUAGUCGACCGUUUGAGGUGUACUGUGAUGCUUCCCAUCAGGGAUUGGGAUGUGUGUUGAUGCAAGAUAAGAGAGUAGUAGCUUAUGCAUCUCGUCAAUUGCGAACUCAUGAGUGA